CCGGAACAUGAGGAGCAUGUAUCAGCUGGUUGAGUAUAAUUACAGUUGAUGUUUUUCUGUGAUGACCGAUCAUAUGCCAGUAACUUGUAUAGGCAGAGUCAAACACGGGAUCUCUAACUGUCUUGGCCUGUGUGACAAGAAGAUGAAGAUUCGCAGUAUCAGGAUGGUGGAACUCUUUCUUAUCGUUGUCCUAUUAUGGGCAGCUUCUUGGCUCUUCGUGCGGUGGAGACAGACGCCCAGCCCCUGUCCCGGUUCGUCUUCCGCCAAUCUGCCUGUGGCUGGACAGUCACGUGUGGAAGAUUUCCACGUAAAACAAGACAGCGGCGCCGAGCUGGAGAUCCCAGUGUACAUUGUGGAGGAACACCAUGAGGUGAUAAAGUACUGGUUUAAUGCUGCUAAUAAAGGUUACAUUAAGAAGAAAGGAAACGUUCUGCUUCACAUAGACGGACAUUCUGACGGUGGACCUCCUGAAAGGUGGAUGCUCGGUCCUCUGUUUCGAUACCCCGCCAGCAGCGAAGACAUUACCGCCAUGAUGCAGCGAAACGACGUAUUCAUCUUAGCUGCUGUUCUGACGGGUUUAAUCAACCGCUUCAUCUGGGUGUUCCCCAACUGGAGCAACAGCGGCAUGGAGGGAUACAACGCAGAAGACUACGGAUCCGUUCGGCUCCGCUACGGCUACCUGUACCGCCGGGAUAACGACACGGGUCGACUAGGUCUCGAACUCUGUGCUUGUGCCACGUCAGUGGAAUUUGAAAUUGAAAACUACUGCUUCAUGAAUAACGCGCAGUUCUCCGAAGACCAGAUAAAUUCACUGCCAAUCAAGGAAUCCGAAUGUCACAUCAAGAACACGGGUCUGGUUGAGAUCGUCCGCGAAAGCAAGGCGAUAUCUCUUAUUAAGUCUGGGACCUGGAUAACAUCCGAGGACAGCGUCCUGUUGGAUGUGGAUGAGGACUUCUAUGGAGUCGAGGCAUCAAUCAGGCCGCUGCUUGAUGCUGGGGUCGGCGAAGUGGAAAUAGAGACGAUAUCCUUCUGGGUGGAACGAAUCGUCUGCGCGUUAAAUACACAUCAAGAAAGGCAGGUUGACUCGUUUUUCAAUUACUUGAUUCAAACCAUUAUCGAUUUUAAGAUCAUCUGUUCGAUGAGUUUAAAGGAUGAAGAUAGCAUCUGUGUAAAUUCUUCAAAGCUGGUCUCAGCCGCGAAAAAACUGCAGCCAGAGUUCAUGAAGAAUCUCCGAGAGAGAAAUCUGGAUCAGUAUCUAUGCGAUCCCGUUAGAAGCAAGUUCGCACUGAACCAACUCAUUUUAACAUUUUGUAACAUGAACGUAGAUCAGUUGAAAGCAUUAUCAGAAGUUGGAAUCUGCUUAAACGUGAGCCCCAAAACCAUGGAUUUUAAAAAGAUGUGUGGGAUGAGGGUCUGCUAUGGCUACAACACGCCUAACGAUACUAUGGUGGAGUUCCAUGUCCCGUCCCUAACAGAAAUAGAUCAAAGGACGGAUACUCUGAAGGACAUAUUAAAACAAAAACAGUUUGUUCCCGGUGCUGUCACAAUCUGUAGAUCUACAAGAGAUGGCUAUACACCGAAGAAAUAUUUUACCAAAAUAGAGUCAGACGUUAAACUUGUACUUAGAGACGCUUUCCCCAGGAUAAGAGAUGAUUCGUUUUACUAUGACAAGGACCUGUUAGGAGGACCUUCUGGUUGGCAUGGGAGACACUAUAGUUUUAUGUAGACAAAUUUUCCGAUAAUCCAAAAAUAAAAAUU